AAAAUCAGUACAGAGCACAACAAGGAAUGCUUAAUCAACAUCUCCAAGUACAAGUUCUCCCUUGUCAUCAGUGGCCUCACUACCAUCCUCAAGAAUGUCAAUAACAUGCGGAUAUUUGGAGAAGCCUCUGAGAAGAAUCUCUACCUCUCCCAGCUCAUCAUCCUGGACACACUGGACAAGUGCCUGGCUGGGCAAUCUAAGGAUUGCUUGCGGCUGGAUGAGACUAUGCUGGUCAAACAGCUGCUUCCAGAGAUCUGCCAUUUCAUCCACAUGUAUCGGGAGGGUCACCAGCACGCCGCCGAGCUGCGUGCCUCGGCCUCGGCCGUGCUCUUCUCCCUCAGCUGCAACAACUUCAAUGCCGUCUUCAGCCGCAUCUCCACCAGGCUGCAGGAGCUGACCGUGUGCUCAGAAGACAACGUGGACGUUCACGACAUCGAGCUGAUGCAAUACAUCAACGUGGACUGCUCCAAGCUGAAGAGGCUGCUGCAAGAAACAGUGCUGAAGUUCAAAGCUCUGAAGAAACCUGCCCAGCUAGCAGUGAUCAACAGUUUAGAGAAGGCAUUUUGGAACUGGGUGGAAAACUACCCGGACGAAUUCACCAUGCUAUACCAGCGCCCUCAGACAGAUAUGGCAGAAGCUGCUGAGAAGUUGUUCGACUUGGUGGACAGUUUUGCCGAGAGCGCCAAGCGGAAAGCAGCCGUGUGGCCUUUGCAGAUCAUCCUCCUCAUCCUCUGUCCAGAGAUAACACACACAAUCUCAAAAGACACAGUGGAAGACAGCAAGGCCAACAAGAAGCUCUUUUUGGAUAGUUUGCGAAAAGCUUUGGCGGGACAGGGGGGAAGCAAGCAGCUGAUGGAGAGUGCUGCCAUCGCCUGUGUAAAGCUGUGUAAAGCUUCUACCUACAUCAACUGGGAAGAUCACUCAACCAUUUUCCUUCUGGUCCAGUCCAUCGUCAUGGAUCUCAAGGCUCUGCUGUUCAACCCAGCCAAACCGUUUUGGAGGGGCACAGGCAGUCAGAACGCAGAUAUGGAGCUAAUGACCGACUGCUUUGUUUCCUGUUUCCGUAUUAAUCCUCAUAAUAACCAGCACUUUAAGGUCUGUUUGGCUGCCUCCUCCCCCUCUACCUUUCACUUUGUCCUGGUCAACUCACUGCACAGAAUAAUCACCAAUUCCGAUCUAGACUGGUGGCCUAAGAUCGACGCAGUGUACUGUUACUCCGGAGAGCUCCGCUAUAUGUUCUCAGACACUCUCAACCGAGUUAUCCAAGGCACUGGCAGUCAUGCUCCACUACGCAUGACACCGAGUCUGACCUUCAUAGGGAAGAAGACCACCAGCCUUAAAUUCAAAGAAAGAGCCACAGACCUGGACACUCGAAGUUACAAGUGCCUCCUUCUUGCUCUGGUCAAGCUUAUCCACGCAGACCCCAAACUCAUGUUGCAUAAUCCAGUAAAGCAAGCUCCAGAGAUGCAGAGCAGCACAGCAGAGCUCAUCAUCGGCCUUGUGCAGCUUGUGCCUCUAAACACUACCACCCAGCUCUCACAAGAAGCCAUGGAGGCUCUGUUAGUUCUACACCAGCCAGAGACCAUAGAGCUGUGGAAUCCCGAUGCCCCCAUAGAGACGUUUUGGGACAUCAGUUCACAGGUGCUCUUCCUAAUCUGCCGCAAACUGAUAAACCAGCAAAUCGCUAACGGGACGGAAGUUCUAAAAUGGCUGAGGGAGAUUCUCAUCUGCAGGAACAAGUUUUUGCUCAAGAACAAGGAGUGUGCCACCAUCGGAGGCGGAAUUCCCAUUUGCCGGCAGGCGCAGACGAAGCUGGAGGUGUGCCUCUACAUGUUCUUAUGGAGCUCAGACACCGAGGCCGUGCUCGUGGCCAUGUCCUGCUUCCGCCACCUCUGCGAGGAGGCCGACAUCCGCAGCACGGCCGACGAGGUCCCCGUCCAGACAAUCCUGCCCAACUUCCCCACCUUCAGUGAGCUGGCCUCCGUCAGCAGCAUGAUGGGAACAGGUCGUUCUAUCUUGCAAAAAAGAGUUAUGGCGUUGUUGAGAAGAAUAGAGCACCCAACACCAGGAAACAUUGAGGCUUGGGAGGACACCUAUGCGAAAUGGGAUCAGACCACCAAACAAAUACUCAACUUCCCCAAAAACAAGGCAGAUGAUGGACAGCAGGAAUGGAUCAACAUGACAGGCUUCCUGUGUGCUCUGGGUGGUGUGUGUCUCCAGCAGCGCAGUACCCCCGGGCCAGCCACCUACAGCCCACCCAUGGGCCCUCUUAGUGAGCGUAAACACUCGAUGAUCUCAGUGGGGCCCUGUGACAUGUCCAAUACUGUGGCCUCUUCCUGCUCUUCUUCAGCUUCCAGCGAGACACCGGUCAGCCGCUUUCUGGACCGGCUGUUGUCUCUGCUGGUUUGCGGCCACGACAGGGUCGGCCUUCAUGUUCGUAACAAUGUAAAAGACUAUCUGGGUCUGGAACUUAGCCCUGCACUCUACCCCAUGCUCUUCAACAAGCUGAAAAACAGUAUUGGCAAGUUCUUUGACACUCAGGGACCGGUUCCCAUCAAUGACACUAAUACCCAGUUUGUGGAGCAGACCAUAGCCAUUAUGAAAAACCUGUUGGACAACCACACAGAAGGGAGCUCUGAACACCUAGGACAGGCCAGCAUUGAGACCAUGAUGCUCAACCUCGUCAGGUAUGUGCGCAUCCUUGGUAAUAUGGUCCACGCAAUCCAGAUCAAAACCAGACUUUGCCAGCUUGUUGAGGUCAUGAUGGAGAGGCGAGAUGACUUGUCCUUCUGCCAGGAGAUGAAGUUCAGGAACAAGAUGGUAGAGUACUUGACAGACUGGGUGAUGGGAACGUCCAACCAAGCUGCCGAUGAUGACAUCAAGUGCCUGACGAGAGACUUGGAUCAGGCCAGUAUGGAGGCCGUAGUAUCCCUGUUGGCUGGUUUGCCCCUGCAGCCAGAAGAAGGCGACGGAGUAGAACUGAUGGAGGCCAAGUCUCAACUCUUCCUCAAGUACUUCACCCUGUUCAUGAACCUGCUCAACGACUGCAGCGAGGUUGAAGACGAGGGCCAGACUGUUGGGGGACGGAAAAGGGGAAUGUCUCGACGUCUGGCAUCCCUGCGCCACUGCACCGUCCUGGCCAUGUCCAAUCUCCUCAAUGCUAAUGUUGACAGCGGCCUCAUGCAUUCUAUUGGUUUGGGCUAUCAUAAGGACCUUCAGACUCGAGCCACUUUCAUGGAGGUGCUGACCAAGAUCUUGCAGCAGGGAACCGAGUUUGACACGCUGGCGGAGACGGUGCUGGCUGACCGCUUUGAGAGGCUCGUGGAGCUCGUCACCAUGAUGGGAGACCAGGGAGAGCUUCCCAUUGCCAUGGCGCUGGCUAACGUGGUCCCUGGGUCCCAGUGGGAUGAACUCGCCCGGGUCCUGGUGACGUUGUUCGACUCCCGCCAUUUGCUCUACCAGCUGCUAUGGAACAUGUUUUCCAAAGAGGUGGAGCUCGCUGACUCCAUGCAGACCCUCUUCAGAGGGAACAGCCUUGCUAGCAAGAUAAUGACCUUCUGUUUUAAGGUGUAUGGGGCAGCAUACCUACAGAAACUUCUGGAGCCCUUAUUAAGGGGAGUUAUCACCACUCCUGAACACAUCAGCUUUGAGGAGAACCAGAAGAAUCUUCUGCAGAUCACUGAGCGCUUCUUCCAGGCCAUUAUCGGUUCCUCUAGCGAGUUCCCCCCUCAGCUGCGCAGUGUCUGCCACUGUCUCUACCAGGCUACUUGCCACUCUCUACUGAAUAAAGCAACAGUAAAAGAAAAAAAGGAAAACAAAAAAGCAGUGGUGAGCCAACGGUUUCCACAGAACAGCAUAGGUGCGGUGGGCAGUGCCAUGUUUCUACGCUUCGUCAACCCGGCUAUCGUGUCUCCCUAUGAGGCUGGCAUCUUGGACAAAAAACCCCAGCCCCGGAUAGAAAGAGGUCUCAAACUCAUGUCCAAGAUUCUGCAGAGUAUUGCAAAUCAUGUCCUAUUUACAAAAGAGGAGCAUAUGAGGCCUUUUAAUGAUUUCGUUAAAAGCAACUUUGAUUCAGCAAGAAGGUUUUUCUUGGACAUAGCCUCUGAUUCUCCACCGAGUGACUCCGUCAACCACAGCUUGUCUUUCAUCAGUGAUGGAAACGUGUUGGCCCUACAUCGUCUGCUGUGGAACAAUCAAGAGAGAAUUGGCCAGUACCUGUCCAGUAACAGAGAUCACAAGGCUGUUGGCCGGCGACCUUUUGACAAGAUGGCAACCCUGCUGGCAUAUCUGGGACCCCCGGAACACAAACCAGUGGCUGACACUCACUGGUCCAGCCUUAAUCUGACCAGCUCCAAAUUUGAGGAGUUCAUGACCAGGCACCAGGUCCAUGAAAAGGAGGAGUUCAAAGCUUUAAAGACACUCAACAUUUUCUACCAGGCUGGAACCUCCAAGACCGGCAACCCAGUCUUUUACUACGUGGCCCGCAGG